AUGGAGGACAAGCUGCCCUCAGACACCGAGGAAGACGAUACCUCCGUCCUCGAUGAGCAGGAAGGCUCGAUCAUCACCUCCAUGAUCUCGCAGCUUCGGGUCGGCAUGGACCUGUCCAAAGUGACGUUCCCCACCUUCGUUCUCGAGCCUCGGAGCAUGCUCGAGCGCAUCACGGACUUCAUGGCCCAUCCAGAUCUCCUCUUCGGUGCAGAAAAGGUGACGGAUCCCGAAGAGCGUUUCCUCCGGGUGCUGCAGUACUACCUCGCGGGCUGGCACAUCAAGCCCAAAGGCGUAAAGAAGCCAUAUAACCCCGUCCUCGGCGAGUUCUUCCGGUGCUCGUACGACUACCCGGACGGCACCCAGGGCUUUUACAUCGCCGAGCAGGUCUCGCACCAUCCGCCCAUCUCCGCGUUCUUCUACACCUCGCCCGCUAAAAAAGUCUCCGUCGUCGGCGAACUCCGACCCAAAUCGCGCUUUCUCGGCAACUCCGUCUCGACCAUCAUGGACGGCGAGAACCGCGUCUACCUCCUCGACCGACCGGACGACGGCCCCUACGUGAUCUCGAUGCCGAACAUGUACGCGCGCGGCAUUCUCUUUGGGAAGAUGGUCCUCGAGCUUGGCGACACCUGCACGGCGCGGAACGACAAGCUCGGGUUAUAUGCCGACAUCGAGUUCAAAACGAAGGGCUAUUUCUCCGGCACCUACAACGCCAUCGGCGGCAAAGUCCGGCACAACAACACCGAGAUCGGGACCAUCAGCGGGAAGUGGAGUCACGUCAUGGAGUUCAAGCCGACCAAGGGCGGCGACAGCCGGGUGCUGUUCGACGUGCAAAAAGACGGCAAGAACCUCGCACGGAAGAACGUCGCGCCGGAGGAAGAGCAGGAGCCGAACGAGUCUCGACGGUUAUGGGCCGACCUCACGCGCGCGAUCCAGCUGAAAGAUAUGGAAGCCGCCACGCGCGCCAAGUCCGCCGUCGAGGACGCGCAACGCGAGGACCGGCGCAAGCGCGAAGAGGCCGGCGCGAAGCACGUCCCGCGCUUCUUCGAGCUCGUCAACGACCAGUGGACGCCCAAGCUCAGCCUCCCCGCCGACCCGGACCAGGCCGUGGACGCCGUCCGGUCCUUCAUCUGGCCCGCCCGCGCGACCACAUAG